UUGACAAUUUGUCUUCCUUCCCUCCUGUCCUCCCCAGGUUGAUGCUCCAGCUGCCUGAGGAAAUGGGCUUAAUGUCUGUAGCUGCUCGACAGACCCAGGGUAGAGGCUUCGGGGGGAAAGCAGGGCUGAGUCCUCUGGGAUGUGCUAUGUUCAGUGUGCAGGUGUCUGUGAGCUCCAGACUGGGCCAGAGGAUCCCCUUCCUGCAGCACCUGGCUGCGCUGGCAGCGGUGGAGGUUGUACGCACCCUGCCCGGUUACCAGGAGAUUGAUCGCAGAGUGAAGUGGCCUAAUGACAUUUACUACAGUAACCUGAUGAAGCUUGGAAGAGUGCUGGUGACAUCAACAGUCAUGGGACCAACCUUCCAUCUCCUCGUUGGCUGUGGCUUCAAUAGGAGCAACAGCAACCCCACCAUCUGUAUCAACAACCUGGUGAUGCAGCACAACCGAGAGUGUGGCACCAGCAUGGAGCUCCUGAGCUCAGCACAGCUCAUAGGUCGCACCCUCACCUCCCUGAAGCAGCUCAUCUCUGCCUUCCAGGAGAGGGGUCAGAGGCCGUCCUGCCCCUCUACUACAAGAGAUGGGUGCACAGCGGGACUCAGGUGUGUCUGUGGAGCGAGAACGGCCCCCAAGCCGACGUGGUGGGCCUCGACGACAAAGGCUUCCUGUAGGUGCUCUCUGAGGAGCAGGGUUUGGUCUCCUUGCAAUCUAAUGGCAACUCCUUCGACAUGCUGAGGAACCUGGUGGUCAUCAAGCAACGCUAGGACCCUGUAAGGACCCCUAUGGAGUAUGCCCACCUGGUUGCCUGAAGGGCAUUUUAGCCAGUGGCAUCACGAAAGAAGAUUAGCCAGCUCCUUCGUAGCUUGAGUCGGAGAUACACUAACUGUUUGUGAGAGGAUCUCACACAACUAAUCUGCAAGGUAAAAUUACUUUUUUAAACUUUUUUUUUAUUGUUUUUUACUAGUUAGAAUUAGUAUUUUACUCUAUCAAUGACUUAACUGCAAGUAAAAAUACAAAUUUUCUCUUAUUUUACUUGAUAGAUUGGCUGAAGCUUAUUUGGAGCCUAAAGCAACUGAAUCCUUUUUUUUAUACCAUCCCAUAGUAUUUAGGAAGCUUUAUUUAGGUCAAUCUGAAGUUGGCCUGUUUAGUAUAGUGUGGUGGUAGUGGAAUUACUUGAGUAGUUCAUAUUACACUAUCAAAUUAUAAUUGGCAGCUACAGGAUUUCUAAAAUACAGUCGUUUAUGAAGAAUACAAAAUUAGUCAUUCACCAAAUGCACUUAUAUUAUGCUAUACAAUAGCAUGAUUUAAGUAUUAUUUAACAGUUAUCUUGUUCAAAGGUUGUAAAAUCAAAUUGUCAACACUGAUUAUUUCCUUUUGGAAUGUAGUAUUCCAUGUAACAUCUUUAGUUACAACACUCAAAGACUAUUGAGAAGGUGCUAGCUGUCGACAACAGUAUUUCUUUCCAGAGGUAUUGACACGAGGGCUAUUAACAUGUUAAAACACGUCUUUAACGUGUCGCUUGGAAAUGUACCAAAUCUGAUUUGCGUAAAGACGUUAUGAUGCUAUUGACAUGGGAGGUCACACUUAGAUGCAAAUGCAUUCACUAAGUGCAAACACAUUGUGAUAGACUGCCCGAAGGCUGACUCCUAUCCCAACUGCUGGACUGUUAAGCAUUGGUUUCUACUGAGCUACAGGCUAAACGAAGUCUGUUGCACUGAGUCAUGUAUUAACUUGUGUUAUCAUAGAACUUCAUCAAUUUGAGAACUAAAAGUUCAUAUUUACUUUAAGCCUUAUUUUUGAUAUUUUGGAGGUUAGAUAGAGUUUUUUUUGUACUCUUUAGGACAGGCUUCCUUUAAGUUUCAGAGACUAUAAUUGUUACUCAGUGACUGACAAGAUACAUAUUUGUAAGAUAAAGAGAUGAUCUGUAUAUGUGAUAACACACACAAUUGAUGUAAAACAUCCGCACUCUAUAACUAUGUAAUUAUGUCAUAAAGGAAUACUGGUUGCACUUAAAAGUUAUUUGGUAACCUUUGAAGUGUCAAUGAUAUAACUUGUCCUUCCAAUAAGAGCAACACUAUUAUUCAAACACUAUACUGAAAUAAAUAGAUAUACUGGACUUAGACUGGGAUUUAUAAUUUUUCUGAUACCUUUGCAUGGGUAUGAGGGUGUAGACACAUUAAUGAAUACCCCUAGAGCAAAAUUGGCUUUCAAGUCCGCUUCAAAAUAAUGCUGUUUGCAACAACGCAGUCUCCCAUCUUAAGGCCUGUCGUUGGACAACAAAAAGGGGCCUCUCAAACGAAAGGAAGGAGGGUUCCUAUUGCUCUCUUUGCUCUCCCUUUCCCUUCUCCAUGCUCCUUGAGCUGUACUAAAGAGAAAAACACUGUGAUUGAGUCCAGCUUUGCCCAGCAGUGGCUGUGGAGUGGGAGAGGGAGGGGGAAGCAGAUUCCCUCCGCCUCCCGGUGGGGGAGUGAUGAGGUGUGGGAGAGCCCUUUGGU